AAGCUCUCUCAUCAGUGUACUCAUUGGACAACACAACUUACCAUGGCUCUCAACGCUGAUAACAAAGCACACAUCCAGGCCAUCUGGCCAUCUGUAGCUGCUCAUGCUGAUACCUAUGGUGGAGAAGCUCUGUUCAGGAUGUUCUCUUCUAAUCCCCAGACCAAAGUUUAUUUCCCUGCUUUCGACUUCCACGAGAAGUCUCCUCAGAUUCAAAAGCAUGGGAAGAAGAUUGUGGAUGCUCUGACAGAGGCUGUCAGUCACUUGGACAACAUUGAGGGAGCCCUGGAUAAACUGAGCGACCUCCAUGCCUUUAAACUGAGAGUGGACCCUGGAAACUUCUCACUCCUGGCCCAUCACAUCCUCGUGGUGAUUGCUAGACAUUUCCCUAAAAAAUUUGACUGUGCCACACACCAGGCCCUGGACAAGUUCUUGGCAAGGAUUGAAAGUGCUCUGACAUGCAAAUACCGUUAGAGAGAUCAGUAAUGGCAGGUGAUCCAGCACACCAUAAAACCAUUGUUGGCAUUUAAAACCAAUUAAGACAGCCUGCUGAUAACAUAUGAAAUAAAAUUGAUUCAACUUCA